AAAAAAAAAAACAAUAUUUAGAUGCUUCUCAAUUCUGAUUAGGCCAACUGAGGAGAGAGAAGCCAUUUGUAUGCUUUAAAAAGUAAGCUUAAGGGAGGUUUGGUUAUAGGUCUACCAACUGGUGGUUAGGUUUUGAACUCUCUUAAGCAAUGAAAAUCACACAACCAUAUCCAUAAAUAACAAACAAAACAACCACCAUUUCUAGUUUCAUGUACCUUGCUUGGGUUUUUAUGUCACACGUGAGAAACCUUGGAAUCAUUACCAGACAAAUAUUCUUAAAUUAUUCUACUCUUGUUCAAUAAAAAAUAUAUAUAUUGUACCCUGUUGUUGGUCCAUUAAAAAAAAUAUUACCUUUAAUUGGGCUGGCGUAAAUGUUCCAAUGAUAAGGAGGUUGGUUGCUUCUGUUUAUGUUUGGAAAUAGUAUCUGUAUCUCUUGGGAUUAGUUUUCGUGUUUAAAAAUUUUGUCUUUGUGUUUUCUAGCCCUUUCUGUUCCCUAUCCUAGGCGCAUCAUUUCUGGGGUUUUGAGGAUUUUUUAUGUGAUUACCCUUCAGUUGGGCAAUAUUUUUGGUUAUCGGUCAGUUUAUGGGGAGCACUGUGGGUGCUUUCUCAUUAAUCUCAGCGCACUUGACCUGAGUUUAGUGAGAGGAAGGAGGUGAUGGCUACUUAUUACCCCAGUUUAAGCAGCCAACGAGAGAACUUGCAAGGUUCACAUCCUGGAGAUCAGAAACUUACUUCUUAUUCAGAACUUCCAUCUCAUCAUAGUAACAUGACAAUUUAUGUUAACCAAGCGUCUGGUCCUGGGUCAUACUCAGAAUUUUUAUCAGGGAGCUCCUUGUCUCUUCACAAUUGCGCUGAAUUUUCCUCUGUCGGAGAUAGGAAUGAGAUGAUGUUCAUUCCGCCUACUACUGACACAAUGAAUUUGCAAACAAUUGAUGGACAAUUAAACACAGCAGUCGAUCAUCCUGCACGGAACCAUGUUAAUGGGGAUUCCCAGGUGGUUUCAAGGGCGCAACUUGGCAUUCUAGAUAGUGAACAGAAUUUCCAUAGUCAAGGAUUAUCUUUAAGUCUUGGCACAGAGAUGCAAUCUGCAGUUUCUGUGCCAUCAUUUCAGUAUCAAAAUCUGAACCUACUUUUGCCUUCAUUGUCAAGUCCACAUCCUCCUGCGACAGGAAAAUGGGCAUUAUCCUAUGAAGGUGAUGGAAGUAGUCCAAGUAAGGGGUUAAAAAAUUCUGACUGCUUGUCUGCUUUUGCUGGAGGAAACCAUAACCCUAUAAAAACAGAGGCAUCCCGCAAUCUGCAGGGCUUAGAUAGCCAAAACGAUGUUCAUGAUACUUAUAUGUAUGCAUCUUCAGGUUAUACUCUUGCUACCUUGAACUCUAAAUACGUCAAGGCAGCACAAAAACUGCUUGAUGAAAUGGUCAGUGUUAGAAAGGCCCUGAAGCAGCGUCAAUCCAACAAAUGUUUUGAUGACACUGAGGAGGCGGAUGGAAGAUCCAAAAACCAAUCUAUCCCUCCCACAUCAAGUGGUAUGUCUUCAGGCCCCAGCGAGUCAACUGCCAAUUCCUCUCCUGAGCUGUCUCCUGCAGAACAACAAGAGUUGCAGAACAAGAAGACGAAGCUUUUGUCCAUGUUGGUCGAGGUAGACAGAAGAUACAAACAGUAUUACCAUCAAAUGCAAAUUGUGGUGUCAUCUUUUGACAUGGUUGCGGGUCAUGGGGCUGCUAAAUCAUACACAGCACUUGCUCUCCAAACAAUUUCCCGUCACUUCCGUAGUUUGCGCGAUGCAAUUACUGGCCAGGUAGAAAUAAUAAGCAGAAAGCUGGGGGAGCAAGAUACUUCACCAAAUGGUCAAGGAGGGAUACCACGUCUCCGCUAUGUUGAUCAGCAACUCAGACAGCAGAUGGCUCUUCAGCAGCUUGGUGUGAUGCGACAUGCUUGGAGGCCUCAAAGGGGCCUUCCUGAGAGCUCUGUUUCAAUCCUUCGAGCCUGGCUUUUUGAGCAUUUCCUUCAUCCCUACCCUAGUGAUUCAGAGAAAAUUAUGCUAGCAAAGCAGACCGGCUUGACCAGAAACCAGGUUGCAAACUGGUUCAUAAAUGCACGGGUGCGCCUUUGGAAGCCUAUGGUUGAGGAAAUAUACAAAGAAGAAUUUGCUGAUUCAGAAGCAAUCUCUAAAUCUUCUCUAGAUGAUGGUAAAAAAGCAAAUGGAGAGAAUCAUUUGGCAUCUGAGAAUAGGCUAGACGAUUUUCAGGACAGUGUGACUUCUUCAGCUGCUGAUACUACUUGUCCAGUGCAAGUUCAUAACAUAAAGUCUGAUCUCAUUCCUGAUAUAGAAAUGAAUAAAACUAUUACAACAACAGUGCUACAGAACGAUUCUAUCGGUGACAAUGUUACAGAUUCUGGAAUUAAAAAACACCAGCUCAACCAAAGGUCUAACAUAGGUGACCAUAGCCCCUAUCCGGACAAGAAUAUCCCAUAUGACCAACAUGUUGAUCAUAGUUUUAUGCCUGCUGCUCUUUCAUAUGAUAUAUCAGAGUUAAGUGGAUUUGCAAUUGGCAGCCAGGUAUCACUUGCAUUGGGACUACAAAGUCAUGAAACUGAUGCUUUUCAAAUCUCUGAUGGGAACCAUAUUAGAAGUAACAAUAUGGCAGCUUCAUCUAUGGGACCUGAUACAAUGGAUUAUCAUUGCAUGGAUCCAGGAAAGCAACAGGAAAGGUUUGGCAAUUCUCAUCUGUUACAUGAUUUUGUAAUUUGAAAAAAAAAAUCUUGCUUCUGCCUUCUGGCUUUAUGGGUCAAACUUUUCGAUAAAAGGUCGUCAAGUUUUUGAAUAACCAAAAGCAGAAAAUCACACGCCCCAUGAAAUUGCCCUGGUGCCCAUCAUUCUGCUCGGUUAUGGUUUGAAUAGGAAACAGUCAAUGCUGCUACAGACAUAGAUGUACAUAUAGGCAUGAUGCCUACCUGUGAUAUACAAAUAGAUUGAUGGAUUGUAGUCACAUUUGUAAAGAUACAAUAAGCCGCAUGCAGUCUUCUGCACUCUAUUGAAUAAGGAAUUUUGUACAAGUACUCUCUAUUUGUGACACUGAUGUAUCAUAUCAUUCAAAUUUCUCAAAUAAGUUUGACAUGAGAAUUAACUUGCAUUUGGAUUAA